CCAACAAUCUGAGUCUCAGGCCUCAACUGUCCAUUUCUCUCUGCGGUUUCUCAUUCCUCUCUCUGUAAAGGACGUUAUCGAAGGGUUUUCGUCUUUUCGGGACUGGUUUGCAUUGCGAGCGACGGGCUCUGCUCGAGAUCCAGGUUUAUAAUGGGAUUUCUACCAGCGCAUUCAUAGGGUUUUUGCCUCUUUUGUGUUUCCUUCUUGAAUUUUGGCGUAAUUUCGUUUACUCCUGCUCGAUCUAGGGUUUCGUUCCGAGGGGUUUAUCUUGUUCUUGGAUUAGAUUCUGCCUUUGCUAUAUUUCGAUUUUUCUCCUCGCUCUUGUAUCUGUUUCUUGUUGGCUCUCCCAAAGGCGGAACUAUUUCUUUUGAUGAGUGAGGUUGAUGUCUGCGUCGCAAGAGGAGGGAUGGGAUGAGGAAGCAUUGUUGUUUUUAGGAAAUAUAUGGUUAUAUGGUCGAAGCUCUUGAGUUUGCGAGGAUUUCAAUUGCUUGGACUGGGCCAGUGAUUGUUUUUGAGGGUUGGGUUGUUUAGUAAUUGUAUAUUGUUUUAAGUGACUUCGGGGAACUUAUCUGAACCUGUUCUCUAUCAAUCAGUUGAUGUUAGAAUUCAUCCAGGGAGGAAAUAGUGAAUUUGUUCCAUGAGCUUGAGAUUCCCACAAAUGGAAACCCUUGCAUACACUGGACGACGACAGAAGGACUCCGUUGGCCGGAUAAAGUAUUAAUCUUUUUAGAUUAUUUGUCAAUAUAAAAAGGCCAAACUUAAAAUUAAUUCAUUGGUUUCUAAAAAUUAAUAACUGGGACAUAUUUCUUCAAACCGGGACCUUUAUAUUGGCUGAGGCUUUUAUUUUGAAAAUCUGGAUUCCAAGAUUACAGUUUGGGGACAAAAUUUAUGGUUGCAGUUGAUAUGUGCAGUUGCUGGGAAUUAAUCCUAUGGCUCCGACUGUUCCUAUAGAGUUUGCUGGACAGAAGGAAUCUCGUAAGUAUUCAUUCUCACAGGCAAUGGGGAAAUCGAGGAAAUAUUCCAAAGGGCUUUCUUUUGGUUUUGUUCCAGAUUACCGACAUGCUGUGGAAACUGUUGGCGAAUCAGAAGGGUUUGGGAGCUCUGGACGAAUGGAUACUGGAAUCUCUACUCUUGAUGAUUCACGGGCCAUUAAGAGGAAACGUGUUAGUAUGAAUGCAGAGGGUCACGAUUGUUUUGGUGCUCCGCUUCAAGUUUUUUCUCUAUCAACAUUGUCUCGAUCUGAAAGGAAGGAUUUAGAGAUAAGGUUAAAGUUAGAACUUGAGCAGGUUCGGGUGCUGCAAAAGAAAGCUUCUAAUGUUAGUUCAAUUUUUGCCGUCUCAUCAUCUUGUAAUAAUCAGAGCUCCAGUGAUCAGCACAGGGUAGCUCCCCCAGAGACUUUUAAUAGGUCAUCCGAGACAGUUCCUCCUGCUAAAAAGCUACUGCCCUCUGGGCGCAAUGGCCCUUCUGCUAAAAGGAGCUCAUCUGGGCGUUUUGAGUCGAUUAAACCAGUUGUUGUGUCUGCUUCCUCGACAGCGACAUUGAAACAAUGUGAACAGCUGCUGCAACGUUUGAUGUCGCAUCAAUUUGGUUGGGUUUUUAACACCCCAGUGGAUGUGGUUAAAUUGAAUAUUCCAGAUUACUUUAAUGUUAUAAAGCAUCCAAUGGACUUGGGCACUGUGAAGUCGAAGAUUGCUGCAGGAGAAUACACACAUCCUGUGGAUUUUGCUGCCGAUGUUCGGCUUACUUUCUCAAAUGCAAUGACUUACAACCCUCCCGGGAAUGAUGUCCAUACCAUGGCUAAGACACUAAGUAAAUAUUUUGAAGUUAGAUGGAGAACUAUAGAGAAGAAGCUCCCUGUAACAACUGAAGAACAACGUCAAGUACCUUCAGCCUCAAUUGUUCAUAAGGAAGCUGAAAGUACUCUGCCCGUGCCACCUUCAAAAAAGACAAAAAUACCUACAAAUGAACCUGAUGUUCAACUAAACACUGUGGUAAAAAUCAUGACUGACCAGCAGAAGCAUAAACUAAGUGUAGAGUUGGAGGCUUUGCUAGGAGAGUUGCCUGAAAGCAUCAUUGAUUUCCUAAAGGAGCACAGUUCUAAUUCUCAAGCUGGCGAGGAUGAGAUUGAAAUUGACAUCGAUGCUCUUAGUGAUGAUACCUUGUUUGAAUUGAGGAAGCUACUGGACGAUUAUAUGAUGGAAAAGCAGGAGCGCACAAAGGUUGAACCAUGUGUAGUGGAGCUUCGUAACGAAUCUGGCUUUAGCAAUUCAUCGGUGCCACCUUGUAAAGGAGACGAUCCUAUUGACGAGGAUGUUGACAUUGUUGGUGGAAAUGACCCCCCUGUUUCAAGCUAUCCUCCAAUAGAGAUAGAGAAAGAUGCCGUCCGUAGAGAUAGUAAAUGCAGUAAUUCCAGUAGCUCGAGUAGUGAAUCAGGUUCAUCAUCUAGUGAUUCUGGCUCAGAAAGUUUAUCGGGAAGUGAAUCUAAUGCUGCUAAAGCUUUAGAUAGUAAUGUGGCUCCAAAGGAAAUUUUGUGUUCUGAAACAAAUGUGGAUCAGAAGCAAUGUGAACUUGGAGAUAUAGAAAUUAGAAAUUAUGAAGAGAGUGGGACUGGUCUAGUUGAGCAAACCACCCAGGCUAAUACAAACACGAUUGAGAUGGAUAGCUACCAAGAGGAGGGGGAGAGUGCUCCAUCUAAGAGGCAAGUCUCCCCCGACAGGCUUUACCGUGCAGCUUUAUUAAGGAAUCGUUUUGCUGACACAAUACUGAAAGCUCGAGAAAAGGCUCUUGAAAAGGGUGAGAAGAGGGAUCCUGAAAAAGUGCGAAUGGAGAGGGAAGAACUUGAGAGACAACAAAGAGAAGAGAAAGCCCGGUUGCAAGCAGAGGCAAAAGCUGCAGAGGAUGCUCGCAGGAAGGCGGAAGCUGAAGCUGCGGCUGAAGCUAAGAAGAAAAGGGAGUUGGAUAGGGAAGCUGCACGUCAGGCUCUACUCAAGAUGGAGAAGACUGUUGAUAUUAACGAGAACAGUCAAUUCAUGGAGGAUCUAGAAAUGCUUAGGGCUUCCAACGACGAGCACCUACCGAACUUCACAGAGGAGUCCAGCCCAGAACAUUCUCAGAAUGGAUUUGGCAGUUUCAAGCUUCAAGGUAGUAACCCCUUGGAACAACUUGGCUUGUACAUGAAGGUGGAUGAGGAAGAUGAGGAGGAUGAAAGGGAACCACCCCCCCAAAGUGUUAAUAAGCCAGCAAAUGAUGUUGAAGAAGGAGAAAUUGAUUAGAAGUGAAGUUUUGUUCUUCAUUCUCUUUAUAUAGAAUGUCUGGACAUGAUGAUAGAUGGAUAUGUCCAGACGGUCACUGGUAGCCUUGUGAGUGAUAUCUUAAAAGAUCAUAGAAAUGCCCUCUGUGCUCCAUGAUUUUUCCUUGGCUUCAAAACGUUCAAAUCGAAGCAGGUUUGUUUGGAAAAUGAAGAGCGCAGCUGAAGUUGGCGUUGGGAUUAUUGGUUGGAUGUGUUUGGUAUUGCUGAAUUGAUUUCAUUUUUUGGGUUAGGACGAGAGUUGGAAGCGAUGCAUUACCAAUGUAUGAACAAUAGGGGGAUCUUAAUGAAAAGAACAAAAAAAAGGAACUGUGGCUAGAAUAUUCAGUUUUGUCUGUAUAAAAAAACCAUUUAUGUAA